UAUAUAAUAUAUAUGUCGGAUUCGAAUACGAACAAGGACGCCAUCUAGACAUAAGAAGAUGAAUCAGCUAAUGGAGGUGCAGUCUUGCAUCGAUGUGGUCUGGGUGUGCGUCUCGAGUAAGAGCGACAAGCGCAGAAGGGAUUCGAAGGUUUCGAGGGAAAGGCGAAUCAUGUAUGAAGACACUCACUCUGAGAGCACCGUUGAGCGCGCACCCAGAACUCAUCCCGUUACGCCGAUUCAAUUCGUAUUGUUUAAGCUAAGACAUACUUUGUUUUGUAAUAAAUGGCGCGUAAUUUAAAUUGGAAUGUUGUUAAUGUAGUUGAGGAGGAGGUGUAUCCGACAUCAGAAGUGGGAUCUGGAUCCAAUUUGCGAUCUAAUUUGCGAUCUAGUGAAAAGUGCGAUAGAGAAAGUGACAAUGAUAAAGAAAAGUGGAGUCAGUUAUUACAAGUGCAAAAUAACAAUAUGCGUAAUCUUAUUGAAGCGUUGAUAAAACCCCAGGUGACCGAACAAUUUAAUUUGUCGGAAUUUAAUCCGGAUGAUCGUGAUGCUGACGCGCGUGCUUGGUGUUCCAUGGCAGAGUUAUGUAUUGGUGACAAGAAUUUGACGGGUGCCAAACUAAUUAUGACGUUAAGCAGAGCAAUGAAGGGUGCAGCAUCAUCGUGGUUGUCGCAGAUAUCCUACCCGGAUAUUUCGUGGGAAGAUUUUAAAUCACAGUUUGCCGCACGAUUUAUUCAGUCAGAGACGAUGACUGCGUCUCUAAUAAAUCUACAGAAUGGAAGGCCACGAGGUGAUGAAAAUUUGAGUACUUACGCGGGGCGACUUUUCAAUUCGCUGAUGACUAACUGGAAAGAUGCGUCCAUCGAGCAAAUCGCUACUGCGACAAUAUUAACGCAUAUUGCUCAAUUCGAUAAUCGAGUACAGCGUAUGUCAUUUACCAACGAAAUUCAGACGAGACAGCAAUUACAAAAGGAGUUACAAGCACUCUCUUUUAAACGACCAGCCGCAGUAGACAAUGCUUCGCAACGCCCGGAGAAGAUGCGAAGAACUUCAUCAUUCCAACCCAAGAUGACGAAGUGUUUCAACUGCAAUAAAUUUGGACAUCGACAGGCUGACUGCCCCGAGAAGCGGAGACAAGACCAGAAAUUCACCCCUCAGCGGUCCACAUCGGGAGCGUCAAACAGCGGGAGAUGCUUCAAAUGCGGUGAGACCGGACACUUCGCCAACCGCUGCAGGAAGAAUGAGGGUUCUGUCAAGACGGUCAACGUCUGUGCAGUUGAUUUACCUGGAGGUACUUUUAAGCAUAACGUUGUGAACUGCCAACCAUUGUAGUGGUUGAGUAGGUUGCCAACCAUUGGUGUGGUUGUGUAACAUGAGACCUAAUCAUUGGUGUGAUUAGUUGUGAACUGCCAACCAUUGUAGUGGUUGAGUAGGUUGCCAACCAUUGGUGUGGUUGUGUAACAUGAGACCUAAUCAUUGGUGUGAUUAGUUGUGAACUGCCAACCAUUGUAGUGGUUGAGUAGGUUGCCAACCAUUGGUGUGGUUGUGUAACAUGAGACCUAAUCAUUGGUGUGAUUAGUUGUGAACUGCCAACCAUUGUAGUGGUUGAGUAGGUUGCCAACCAUUGGUGUGGUUGUGUAACAUGGGACCUAA